CGUUUCAAUGGUUAUCAAACACUAAUAUGGUUUAAAUGUAAAAAUGUCUGGUCUGAUUAUUUUCUUUUUUCUUAUAUAUUUUUAUUAUAGAUAGUUCUUGUAGGAUAAGAUGGUUCAUUUUUUAAUAGUUGUUAACAUAGACUAAUGAUGUUAAAGAAGUUGUUUGAAGUGGAAGAAAAGGGUGAACACAGUUGACUUGACCUUGCUAGAUUCCUUGUUACAGCACUCUUCUUCUCUCUGUCAUAAUUGAUUUGGUGUUCUUGUUGAAACAAUGAAUCCGGAGAUAGAGACUUGGACAGUUUUGGUUGGUGUUCUGUGCAUCUUGGUGUUCAUUGUGAAGGAGUUUGUUAUGGGGGGCAAGGGUUCAAAAGAAAGUGGAAGGAGGUAUGAGUAUGGUGCUUCUUCAUCUUCAUGGGAUAAUAACAACUAUGGUGGAUACCCUCCACAAUCACCAUAUCCUUCUCAUCAAACACCUCAGCACCAGCAUGCAUCAGCACCAACUCCAUUUUAUGAUAAUGCUCAGCCAAAAAGGAAGUUGGAUAGGAAGUAUUCAAGGAUAGCUGAUAACUACCGUUCCUUGGAUGAGGUUACUGCUGCACUUGCAAAUGCUGGGCUGGAAUCUUCUAAUCUCAUUGUUGGCAUUGAUUUCACAAAGAGCAAUGAGUGGACAGGGAAGAGGUCAUUCAAUCGAAAAAGUUUGCAUGACAUUGGAAGUGGCCAAAACCCGUAUGAGCAAGCAAUUUCUAUUAUUGGGAAAACUUUAUCUGCUUUUGAUGAAGAUAACUUGAUUCCUUGUUUUGGAUUUGGAGAUGCGUCUACACAUGAUCAAGAUGUAUUUAGUUUCUUUUCGGAAGAGAGGUACUGCAAUGGAUUUGAGGAAGUUCUAUCACGAUACAGACAAAUUAUUCCUUACCUCAAACUUGCAGGACCCACUUCAUUUGCCCCUAUUAUUGAAAUGGCUAUGACUAUUGUUGAGCAAAGUGGUGGCCAAUAUCAUGUCUUGCUGAUAAUUGCAGAUGGACAGGUGACUAGAAGUGUUGACACAGAACAUGGCAACUUAAGUCCACAAGAGAAGAACACAAUAGAUGCAAUAGUUAAAGCAAGUAAGUAUCCACUAUCAAUAGUUUUGGUGGGAGUUGGAGAUGGACCAUGGGAUAUGAUGAGGGAAUUUGAUGAUAACAUUCCUUCUCGAGCAUUUGACAAUUUUCAGUUUGUUAAUUUCACUGAAAUAAUGACAAGGAAUGUAGACUCAAGCAGAAAAGAGACAGAUUUUGCCCUUUCAGCUUUGAUGGAGAUACCUUCUCAGUACAAGGCAACCAUAGAGCAUGGCAUAUUGGGUGCAAGGAGGGGUCAUUCACCAGAUAGGGUUGCUCUACCCCCACCUCUUUAUGGUAGGACUUCUUCCAGCAUCAGCACAAAACCGACAAGAUCAAACAGUUUUCAGCAGAGUGCACCUACACGCACUAGCUAUGACCACAGUGUUCACACGGAGGCAUCUGCAAGUUCUUUAUAUGAUAAUAAGGUUUGCCCGAUUUGUCUCACCAAUACGAAAGAUAUGGCCUUUGGUUGUGGGCAUCAGACUUGUUGUGAGUGUGGAGAAGACCUCGAAUUCUGUCCCAUUUGCCGGAGCACGAUCAACACCAGAAUAAAGCUUUACUAGAUAGCUUUGCUUUAGAAGUGCUCUCAGCGGAAAUUUAGCUCUUUUCCAGAAUAAGGUUAGUCAUAAAAGUUUGAUGAAGUUAGAAGGUUACAAAGUGAAUGUUCUGUUGAUUUGCUUUGAGUCAUGAAUUUAACUUGAUUCAUAAACAGGGCUGCGAAAGAAUGUGCAGAGAGUUGGUCUGAAUGGUUUCUUGUUCAUCAGUUCACAAUUUUGGGCAAAACUUGUAUGCCCAGUUAGGAUGAGGAGGAGUUUUUUACAUAAAGAAUUGGCCUUCCCCGUUGGUUGUAAAUAUGUAGUUGUGUCGUGAAGGCCUCGUGUAUUUAAAUAAAACUACUCGUCUAAAAAAUGCUUGCAUUGUUCUAAACAAUACUCACCGUAUAAAUACUUUGGUUUCUUUUAUAAUUGAAGAGGAAAUAAGUUUAGCCUGUGUUUGUGGGCGCAGAAA